AUGGCAGACUCUGUCAAUCCUGUAAAGGGCGAGAGACCAGGCAAAAACGAAAAGCAUUUACCGUUCGACAUCAACAAACCCCAGGUGACAUCACCGCCUAAUCCCGCAAGCCCAGAGACCCUUAGCCUGAAGAACCUGAGCAUCACAGACGAACACCCUCGCUCCCGCCAAGGCCAUGGAGUGGGCCACAGCCAACCUUUCCAGCGUGGUCCAAGGUAUCCCAACGUUAACAGGUACGGUCCUCCUGGACGUGGUUUUCACGGCCAUCACCGACAAGGCGCUGCGCACGCCGGCAGAGGUGGUUCUACAGGUUUCCGCAACCCCAACCCACCACUGGGUCCCGAUGCUCAGAUGCACCAAGACUUUCUCACGGUUCGCAACUCGAUGCGCCGUCAGUUCAAGAACUCAGAUGUAGCCAAGUGGAAGUUCAACGACUAUGUUGCACAUUGCGAAGCAAUGACUAGGUCAAAAGCCAACAAUCUCACACGUCAAACCAAGACGAAGGAAGAAGCUGGAGAGUAUUCUUCAGCCAUUCCCCCAGAAACUCAGGCCUUUUUGCGUCGUUGUGGCCUUAACGGCAACUUUGAUGAAGUUGGCAACUCUGGUCGUGUCCUUGGAGAACAUACGAUAUGGUGCAAGAAUUGGCAGAACGGAAAGGAAGAGGUUGCGCCCUGGCCUUCCUUCUCUGAGAUGAGGUGGGAGGGUGACGAUCGGGCUAAGACAGGCGUUGGCCGCUUCCUCCCGUUGCCCCGCGAACCUGGUCCUCCAGGUCUCACAUGGAGCCAACUCCCUGCCAUUGAGCAGUACCCCAUGGAUCAAGUCUUCCAGAUCCCAACUAUGGAGGAUGUCUACCUCCCUGUCGACCCUGACAUUGAACCCGACUAUGAGUACCUCUGGAGUAAAGAGCUAGAGAAAGAGAUUGACGGCCUCUUGGAAUCCUGAUCAGUUUUGGAAGCUUCCAAAGACGUUGAUCUGCUGCUGUGAUCUGCAUUCAUAUACCCUUGACUGCCAAAGUCACGGUCCACAGGCUCUCUUUCGUCUCGAUCAGAAUUCUGAUUACGUCUCGAUUCGGUUCGUGCCUACCCACCGAUUCGAACACUAGUUAGGACA